AUGCGAUGCGCGAGCAAGGCCGCCGAGAGCGCGUGUGCACGUCUCUGCGCUCGUCAUGAAGACACUCAUGUCUUCACAGAGUAUGAGCUCGGUGUCUCAUACUCUCCUGAUACGGAAGAGGAAUCUUUAUUGAAGGCGGUUGAAACCAAGCCGCCUGCCAAGCGUGGAAUGGAUGAUGCUAUGCGUCGUAGCAUCUUUGGUUCGUCUGACGAAUCAGAUGAACCAUCGCCAAAUCGAAGGCGCUCGAGGUCGCAAGAUUCGGGCGCUCACAGUGGUGUCGGUUCUCCUAUUGACACCACUUCGCAACGAGGUGCCAGUACUUCUGUCGGCACGUCGCACGAAGAGCGGGACCGCAUUGUGUUGCGUCUCGCUCCUACAAAGAAGACAUGGCUGCCUCCAAAGUCAGUCAUGUAUCGCUUGUAG